UCGAAGAGCAUUUAAUCAAGUUUGUGUGCGGUGCGCUACUGAAAAAAGUGUGUGAAGAAGUUGAGGAGUGCACUCUACGACAAAGUACGAGAUUACCGCCAUGGGCAAAGAUCCGAACAAGCCGAGGGGAAAGACGUCCUCCUACGCCUUCUUCGUGCAGACGUGCCGGGAGGAGCACAAGAAGAAGCACCCGGGCACCGCCGUGAACUUCGCCGAGUUCUCGAAGAAGUGCUCGGAGCGAUGGCGGACCAUGUCGGCCAAGGAGAAGAGCAAGUUUGAGGAGAUGGCGAAGACCGACAAGGCGCGCUACGAGCGCGAGAUGAAGACCUACGUUCCCCCCAAGGGGGCAAAGGGCAGCAAGCGGAAGAAGGAUCCCAACGCCCCCAAGCGUCCGCCGUCCGCGUUCUUCGUCUUCUGCUCCGAGCACCGUCCCAAGGUGAAGAACGAUAACCCGGGCAUCUCCAUCGGAGACAUCGCGAAAAAGCUGGGCGAGAUGUGGGCCAAGCAGAGCGCCAAGGAAAAGGCGCCCUACGAACAGAAGGCGGCGAAGCUGAAGGAGAAGUAUGAGAAGGAUGUGGCUGCGUACCGUGCCAAGUCGGGGGACGCCGGCAAGAAGGGGGGCCCCGGUCGGCCAGCUGGGGCCAAGAAGGCUGAGCCGAUGGAUGAUGACGAUGAUGAGGAGGAGGAAGAUGAUGAGGAAGAGGAGGAUGAUGACGAUGAUGAGGACGAUUAGGCCUGGAAACUUGAGCAGUAUUU